GUCGUUGCCGAGGCCUGCCCUAGGCGUAGGGGACCGUCAGAGCACCCUACAGCACCUCAACCAGUUUGCAGCCCAAGUUCAAGGCCUGGUAAAUGCAAUCUACAGCGCCGGCACAGCUCACGCCACACGUGGCGGCGCGUCGCGGGCCUCCGUCGACGUGCUGUGGCAGCAGCUGCUGGCCUCCCUAGACUCCUUGCUCGGCGCAGCCGCCGACGUCCGCUCCUGCGCCUCGCUCGUCCAAAUGUACAGCAGCUCACGUGAGAGCAUUGAGGCAAUGCUACAGCUCAUGGCAGAGGCCGCUUCCCUCGAGGACGCGCUUCUCAAUGACCCCCGCACGUACGGCGCGCUUCUGCCGCCGCCGGACGCCAACGCGGAUGACAGCGGUGGCGGCGGCGGCGCCGCCGGCUACAGCGACAAAGAUAACGGCUCAGUGGUGGAUUCCGACCCGUGGGUCUGGCGGGUGUUUGCCGCUUUGGCGCCGCGCUUUCUACGUGAAGGUUACCACCCGGUCGACCCGCAGACGGCCUACUCUAUAGCGCUGAGCUUGGAGGAGAAGGCAACGAUGGUGACAGAUGCACGCCGCCAGGAGCGCUACGUGCUGUCGGUGCUGAGGCACCAACUGGCAUCAUCAGCUGGCAUCGACCAGGCCGACGGUGGUGGCUCAGUGGCGCCAAUACCACCCCCGGGCGGCCCGUGGCCGGUUAACCUCGAUGGACCCUUGCUGACGUACGACUGGCCAGUGUACGACCUGACGGCUGAGGAGUUGGUGGAGGAUGUAGUACUGGCGAAGGUGGUGGCGGCGCAGCGAGGUUUUCGGCGGCGUGGCGGCCAUGCGGACGAGAGCGGCGAUGGUGACGGCGGUGAUGCGCUACUGCUGACGCUGACGCUGGACGCAUGUGGCGCUCUGCUGCAGCGCCACUCUGAUCCGGUGCUCCGACAGCAGGUUUAUGAGGAGGGCAUCGUGCCGCUGGCAAGUCACACACUGCGCCUCCUGCAGCGCAUGCGCGACCUGCGCGCCCAGCAAGCCUCCCUGUACGGCCUGUACGACGACGUUGCCAACGGCGGAGGCGGUGGUGCUGGCAGUGGCCCGGAAGCAUCGUCGGCCCGGGAGCAUCAGCGACGGCGAUUGCUGCUGCCAGCGCUCUGCAAUGGCGGCCGCGGCGCCGCUGCGGGCUACAGCCGCCUUGCCCAUCUGGACACUUUGGCGCGGGACGGCCAGGCGGCGGCCGCAUUCCUAACGUCGCUGGCGGAGGUGCUGGAGCCCCUGGUUUCGGAGCAGCUGCAGCAGCUUGCACGCAUUGCAGGUCCUGGCGCAAUCGGUGUGGACAGCAGCAGCUUCGAAUACGUGCUGCGUGCCCAGGCCUGGGGCGGCAGUUCGGAAAUCCACCCUGUUGACGCCGCCGCCGCCGUCGCCGCCAACGACGAGGGCCUUGUCGCCAAAGCCGCCGCCGCCAUGGCACGCGACGCCUGUUUCGGCGCCGACGGCGCCAACACCCCCAGUUUUGCUGACGUGGCUGCGUUGUACCUAACCGACCUUGAACCGCUCAUGGAGGGUAUCUCUGAUUGGCUUGGAGAGUUCAUGGGUUUGGAGCUCCGGCGGCCUGGCGGCGGAGGCCGGGGUUGUACGACAUGUGUACGGCAGGGACCCAUCCACUUCAACGACGGCGCAACCGCUCCGGAUCAGGCUGGUGCCGCCGCGGGAGGCAGCAGCGGCGGCUCGCCGCCUCCAGUACCGUACGACAUCGAGGUGAUGCUAGGCGAACUCGCAACGUACUACAACGGUGCAGGGGACGGAGGCGCCGGUGACCUACAGCCUGAUCACCAUGCCAUGGCGCUUGGCGCGGUGCGAGAGGCAGCCGCGAGGGAGCCGCGUCGCUUUUAUGCGUACCGGUUGCUGGUAGAAGGAGAGGCAGAUUGUUUGGAUGGGCCUCAGGUGGGGCUGAGCCGUGGGCAGCCAUGGCAGGAGGCCUCGGCGGCGGCAGCGGCAGAGGAGGCAGUGCGCCCUCCGGCAGCCCAGGUCCGUUGGUUGCUCGUCGACACUUUAGGGGGCUUUGGCACGCGGUAUUUGCUGUCUCCGCUGGGGGCUGCUGCGGCGGAUGGCAGUGGCGGCGGUGCCGGGGAAAGCGGAGUGGUGGCGGCGGUGGUGGUAGGGCUGCAAUCCGGUGUCGGCGUCGGUGGCGCCGGGGCAUGCGGCAAUUGCGUGGGCGGGUCGAUACUGACCCGUGGGUCGGAGUUCGUGGUGUGGGAGCUGCUCCACGAGCUGGGCCACGCGCUGCACUUCCUGCUGGCGGCGGCGCACCACCCGCUGCAGCCGUCUCGACCCGCGGAGCUCUGCCCAGGCUCGGGUGGGACAGCAGCUGCACCUGAAGCGGUGGAGGGGCGGCGGCGGUGGCGGCGGCUGAGUCAUGCCCUGCUGCCGUACCAGCUGCCCCUGGAGUUGGUUGAGCUACCGUCGUCCUUUUUGGAGCGAGCUGCUGCUGAGGAGGAGGUAGUGGAGGCCAUUAUGUCUCGCUGCAGACACGUCACCACCGGCCAAGCGCCGCCGGGCGAGGUGUGCCGCGCGCUGGCCCGUGCCGUACGGUUGUCGUACUACAGCCCCAUCAGUGUCCAGGUGCAGGUGCUGUGGUCCCUGCUAGACCAGCUGCUGCUAAGUUCCCCACGCAACUCACCCGACCUGGUCACACGGCUGUGGCCCCAGCUGCUAGCCACCUUUGCGCCCUCACUGCCGGUGCAAUAUACCGUGCAACAGCUGCACGCCGUCCAGCGCAUCGCCUCCGCCUCAGGCCAGGGCUACGCCUACGUGACAGCCGCCUACCUGGCUGAGGAGCUGUGGAGCCGUUGCGGCUUUGGGCUCGGUUCCGGAGCGGGCAAGGACUCCAAAGCGAACGGCAGGAUUUCGGAUAGUGAGAGCGCAUCGCCUCAGCGCCGCGCGGCGGCUGGGUCUGGGCACGGAGAAACGUCGCAGCAGCUGCAGCAGAAGCGAUGCAGGCGAGUGAUACGUGGGCUACUGUUCGAGCGGGACGCCUCGGAGGAGCCGGGGGCACUGCUGGCGCGACUGCUGGCGGAGUUGCGAGUGCCGAGUGGCUUGGGCGACGGCAGUGUUGGUGGUGGCGCGGGGGAGGCGGUCCCGCCGUUGCGGCUCAUCAGGGUGUCGGCCGGCGGCGGUAGCGGCGGCGGUAGCGGUGGUGUUGGCACGGGCUGUGUCCCCCGGGUUUGCGCCCUCCGAGUGCACAGGUUGAGGUCUUCAAGCUCCCCAGCCGGGGUCCCCAGCGGGCGACCAGAGCCAGUGGUUGGCCAGACCCGUGUGGCGACACGGCUCGCAGCGCACACGGCCGCGGCCCUCGCAGCCUUCACAGCGCCGCAGCUCCAGCCCUGCCAGACAGCCACCCAGCUUGCCGCGACCGUGGCAGCCGUAGAUGUGCAGGUGCGACAUCAGCAGCGGCACCUGCACCGGCGCAGCGCUGCUCCCGGAUACGUUCCGGUAGCGCGCCUCAGCUGCGUCCAGGUCAAGAUCCAUGGCAGGGAGCCCGAGGACCUGCCGACCCACUUCACGGAAUGGCUGCAUCAAGUCGCUUGCACACACGGCUGCGUCAUUUCCGCAGUCUACGUUCGAAGGGGCUGCAUUGAGCUCACACUGGACAUUGAGAAUCCGGGCUGCGAUGGUCAGGCUGGUGGUGGUGGUGGUGGUGGUGGUGGUGGUGGCGGAGCGGGUGAUGGGUGUAGUGUCCACAGGGAAGCGCCGGCCGAUGUGGGGCUCAUGGAAAGAGCUUCCCUUGCCGUCAGCCCACCUGAUGCCGCCUCUGCCCCCACUGCCGGUCCCUGCGCGCCGGAGUCGGGCGCCGGGGUGGAGCCCUCAGCAGCAGCAGCAGCGGAUGGCCGGGACGCCUCAGCCACAGCUGCCACCGCGGCGGUGGAUGGAAUUCAGCCACCGCUGCCGCAGAAGCAGGGGCACUUUGGCAGUCCCGGUGGUUCGGUUGGUGAUGGGCUUGAAUGCCGCGUGAGGCUUGGGACUACGGACAGUGCGCUGGCGUUGGCGCAGCGUGAGCGCGCCGCCGUCGGCGGCGGCUUGGCAGCCAAUGAUAGCGGUAGUUCAUUAAUGACGGUGGAGACGCCGCCACCUAGGGAGGAGCUGCCGCUGCCGACGGGGACUGCAGCAACCGUGACGACGACGCCACCCUCACGGCGCUCUCAAGGGGGGGCAGUGGCCGGCGCUGGUCCUGAUGCGACGUCGCCGAUGUUGCCUGGGUACGCGCCUGCCGUACGGGCCGCGAUGGUGGGUCAGUCGUCGUUCUCGUCAUCGCCUAAUUGCCCGGCCAUUUCCCGGGUGCAUCCGCGGGUGGUGACGAUGCCGCGUGGAGAUAGGCGGUUCCCUGCAGCGCCGCCGUACGUUGUGUCGGUUGCUCCGGUAGCGGCAGCGGCAGAUCUUGACGGCGGCGGCCGCGAUGCCAGCGCCAGCGCCGGGCCUUUUCAAGCGGCGCCGCAUCAGGGCAACGCCGCUGCGCCGCCGCUGCCGGCUGACAACCAGCGUGGCGAGACCGCACAGUUCAUCACGCUUCACUUAGAGAUCUCCGCACCUCCGCAUGUGUGCCUGCGAGAACUAACGUCACCGGUGACCAUAGCCCCCGCCAACGCAGCGGAAGGCACAUAUGGGGCCGCUAGUACAUCGGCUACCGCCCCCGACGCCGCCGCUGCUACGGCUGCCACUCCCACAGCGCCGGCAGCGGCGCCGGCCUCCGUUGAGUUACUGCUCCGCUGCAGCGGUCGCUACAUUCCGUUAGGGGUUCAGCCCGCGUUGCCGCUGACGGAGGAGCGGACCCGCAAGGCUUCGGGCUUAGAUGUGUCAGUAGAUGUCACGUGUUCGGCUGACGAGGGCGGCGGCGCCGCCGCCGUAACGCACGCGUACCGCAUCACGCUCCUAGAGGAUCCGCCGGCGACUGGCGGCGUGAUGUUCGUAGACCUCAGAUGGCAGGGCCGGCCAGCGCAGGUGGUUCCGGUAGUUCUGUUGGACGAGAUGGACGAGCAGCUGCUGACGGAGCUGUCCACUGUGGCGGCCACAUGGACGGGGCCGCCGCAGGAGCUGGACGGACUGUUAUACGAUUUCGGCGCGUGGUUGCGGUAUAUGGCACCCCUGCGCCGGGCUAGCAACGAGGACAGCGGUGCCGCCGCCGCCGUCGGGAGCGCGCUUACAGUAGCGGCGACAACAGCAUCCUCCGGCGGCGACCGCUGCAACGGCUUGGUGCGCCCCAAGCCGCCAUACCUGCCGGUUCUGGGCGCGUCGCUAUUGCAGUUUGCCCACGCACAGGGUCUUAUGGGGAUGGCCGCGCGGCUGCAGAUGGACAUGCGAGGUUGCGGCUAUACCGCACCAUUCAGACCCCUAUUACACGGCCGCGUGCCGCCCGGUGGCCCAGCUGUUGCAGAUGCUCCCAUUGCCGCCGGUGGCAAUGGCCCAGGCCGUAGUCGGACUACGGCUCCGGAGCUCGCUGAGCAGGAGUCUCUGUCGGUGCGUCAGGCUGGGCGGCUUUGCAACAUAUCGAGCAGCACAGCACGAAAUACUACAGGUGUUGACGGGCUGAAGGACGUGGGAGCGGAGGAGCCGCGGGUGGGGUCUACGGCGUCGGAGUCAGCGCGGGUGCUUGCCGACGUGAGCAGGGGCACAGCGUCAGCAUCGGCGGCAGCGGCAGCGGGCGUACGGCACAUGCAGUCGGUGUUGAAGAUGCUUUUCUUGUCACUGGGCUUCAGGCGCGGGCAGAGGGGUAGUCCGACGGCGGCGGCCGAGGAGGAAGAGGAAGCCUACCAGGCUUUUGUGGAGUCGUACGGCGCCGUCACCACAUGCCUUUUGCACCUCCUGGAUCUGCUGAGCAGUCUUGAGCUGCUGGCCCACCUCCUGGCCCUCCAAGCGAUGAGUAAUGAACGUGCGGGUGCCGGUCACGGGGCUGCCAUCGCGGACGAUGCUGGGCCCUAUGGAGCUGUGCCGCUGCUGAUCUUCCUGGUCCUGACGUCGCUGCCCGCUGCGCUGACUGGCGCGGCCUGGCUGCUGCUCCCGCCGCUCACCUGGCGCCGCAUCGCGCCGUCCGCGCGGCUUGUGCGGCACCUUAGUCUGAUGGCCGGCCGGCUGCUGUGGCUGUCGGGGGCCCUGACGUCUCUUCCGUCGUCCUCCUCUUCCGUCGCUGCUGCCUCGUCACUAGUGUAUCACCGCUUCUACGACCAGGGCUAUCGCCUGGGUCCUGGCGCGCUGGUGAUGGAGGGCGUCCUGGUGCCCGCGGCCUUCCUGUUGUCGCCUUGGGACGCGCUGCUACUCGCACUAAUCAAGCUGCCCUUGUACACCGUGUUCAGCCACGCUGCGGCCACCGCCACCGCUGCGGCCGCCGUCACAACGACCGUAGUGCCAGCUGCUGCUGUGGAGGCUUGUUGCGCAACACAGAGCAUGAACUGCACGGCCGCUUCGCUUUGCCGAUGGGGCGCCGGUUUUGGCGUUGGCAGUACUGGCGUUCUGUUCGCAGAGUCGGUAUUUCGAGCACUGGCAGUGACUGCGACGGCAUUGGUUACGACGCUCGCGUGCCAUGUGAACCGGCGGCUUCGGUUUCAGCGGCUGAGGGAGGACGUCGUCACCAGAAAGGGCUCGGCACCUUGCGCUGGAGCCGCCUGUGCGACGCCCACCACCACGCAACCCAGUGCGGCCAAAGGCAAUGCGCCAGCUCGUCCGGAAAUUCUGCCGUCUCUCAUGUAUGUGGCAUGA